GAUUAUAAGGAUCAUCAUCAUAAUCCUAAUUCCAAUCAACGAUCACCAUCAUCAUUAUCAUCAAAUCAUAUGAUUGAUACAAAUAAUAGUAAAAAACGACGAAAACAAAGUAAACCGGUACGUUAUGAAUAUGGUACCAACACAAACACCACCAAUAAUCGUAUUCCUGGCGAUCGUGAAGAUGAUGAUGAUGAUGAUGCAGAUGAUAAUCAAGAUCAUGAUCAUGUUAAUGAUGAUGAGGAUGGCCGCCGAAAAAUUCGUCAUCGUAAUGAAAUAAAAUUAUCACAACAUCAACAACAACAACGGCAACAACAUAUCAAUCCAAUAAUGAAUGUGGAUGAUGAUGGCGACAAUUUGUUAUUGCCACCACCACCACCACCACCACCAUUGCUCCUGAAUAAACAGCAAAAAUCAACGACGACGACGAAAGAGAAACUAUUAUUUCAAAAUAAAGAGAAGCAAAUAAAAUUAAAACAAAAACAACAACAGCAGCAGCAGCAACGACAACGACAACGACGACGACUUCGGCAUCCCCAACUUCAACAACACAAGCUUGCUUCAUCAUCAUCGGAUUGUGACGAGAACUUUAACAUUGCUGAGGAUGGUGAGUUAGUGGAUGAUUUCGUUGUAGAUGAUGAUGAUGUUGAAGAUUUAGUUGAUGAAAUAGUCGACGAUGAUGAUGAUGAUGAAAGAGACAACCAUCGUGAUGUUGAUGAAGACGACGACGAUGAUCAUCAACAUCAUAGUAAUCGUAGCCGUCUAUUGGAACAAGUCGUUGCCAUUCAAGAGACAGCAGCAGCUACAAAAUUAUCAUCAAAAAAUGUUGUGGAAGAUUUAAAUGCGGCAUCCGUAGCAGCAGCAGCAGCAGCUGAAAUGAUGAUGAUGACCAGAGAGAAACAUAAUCAUAAUCAACAACAGAAGCUGCAAUUUCUACAACAACAAUUUGAAAUGUUUGCUAAUGAUUGUUGGUCAUCACAACAAAAAUUAACACCAUCAUCCUCAUCAUCGCCAUUAUUAUCAUCAUCAUCAUCAUCAACAACAUUUAUCUGUCCACAAUGUAAUGGUCCAUUUGCCAAUGAAGAUCAAUUACGUGCUCAUAUCGAUCUCGUACAUAUGCAGCAACAUAAAUUCCCACAACCAUCAUCAUCAACAUCGCCAUCGAAUGUCCUGAAUUCUGGUUCCGGCCAUUCAUUGAAUAGUCAUCAUCAAUAUAAUGAACAUCUUCAUCACAUAUCAAAUGUGUUUACAUCGAAACGACAUAAACGUAAACAAUCACCAUCGAAUCAAUCGAUUUGUUCGACAAAUUCAUCAAAUAAUGGUGGUUGUGUUAGUGAUGAUACUAAUAAUGUAGUGGGUGAUUCAUCAUCGAUUAAUGGUGAUAAUAGUGAUCAUCAUCAUCAUCAUCAUCAUCGUAAAUCUCCAUCAUCAUUCUAUGAUCAUAUUGAUGAUCAUCAUAAAUCAUCUAUUAACUCAACCACAACGACGACAAUAUCUAAUGCGAGUAGUAAUCAUCUCAACAAUCAACAACAAGCUACAUCAUCAUCAUCAUCAUCAUCAUCAUUGUUACGUUCCAAAGAUCUAAACAUUCUAUCCGGAUUAAAUUUACCACCAAACCUAUUGAAUCCAUUGAUCUCGUCAUUGACAUCGAAUGCAGCCGGUAGUAAUAGUAGUAAUAAAUUAUUUCAUCGUCAUUCAUUACCAUCGCCAUCAUUGACAUCUCAACAGCAACAGCAGCAGCAACAACAACAAUUUCAAUCAUCCACACGAAUAUCAUCAUCACCGGAACCAAAAAUUCCAAGGACAUCGGAAUCACCUAGUGUUAUUGGUGUUGGUGGUGGUAGUAGCAGUAGUAGACAACAAUCACCUGGCUUGAUUAAUAAUCAACAUCAACAAUCAUUAUUCUCAAAUUCAAUGGCUCCAUUCUUUUUUUCACACAUGUUUCCGGGUUCCAAUGUUCCAACCUCGGUAACAUCCGGUAGCCCAUUUCCAACGCCUAGUGCAAUCAUAAAUGGUGUACCAGUUAUGGCACAACAUUCUGGUCCAAGAAUUUUUAAUCCGGAAGCAUAUUGUGAAUUAUGUAACAAAGAAUUUUGCAAUAAAUAUUUUCUUAAAACGCACAAAGCUAAUAAACAUAAUAUCUAUACACCGGAAACAAACAACAACGGUAGCAGUACGUCUACUGGUUCAUCUGCUAAUAAUAAUAAUAAUAAUGGCAACAAUCAAAAUAAUAGCCAGAAUCAAAGUUCCAACAGUAAUAGCAGCAGUAAUAAUGGCCAACAACAACAGCAGCAGCAAUCAGGUUCAAAUCCACUGUUUCCAUUAUCUACCUCGAAUAGUAGCAGCAGCAGCCACAACAACAAUGCGAUGAUGACAAAUUCAACACAAUCAAUGAAAUCAUCUGACCAUAAUAGUGGUGGUGGUGGUUUACUUCUGAAUGGUGGUGGUAUUGGCGGUGGAUUACCUGGUCAACCAUUUCAGCCACCAUUACGUCUUAGUCUUAAUAUGAAUAUGAUCAAUUUGGAUUCAUAUUGUGAAAUAUGUCAGAAAGAAUUUUGUAAUAAAUAUUUUCUGAAAAAACACAAACAACGUACACAUGGAUUUGUGUAUCAAGGUGAUACACCAAUACCACCUAGUCAGAAUUCACCACAAAUGCAACAAUUGCAACAAUUACAAAUGUUACAUCAACAAUUGGCAGCUCAACAUCAUCAUCAUCAACAGCAACAAAUGAAUCUUGCAGCAGCCAAUCAACAACAAUCAAAUUCCAUCAUUAACAAUAAUGGUGAUAUUUCCGGAGAUAUGAAGCAUUCUGUUUCCGGCAAUAAUACAGGAACAACAACUAGUCCUUCACCAUCUGGUCUCUCAUCGUCAUCAUCGAUGAUGAUUAAUAAUAAUAAUAAUACGAAUGAUAAAUCAAUUUUAAUGAAUGCCAAUACAGCCACAACUUCAACACCAUCAAAUGCUGGCAUUUCAAAUGAUACGACCAAUGUUAUUACAGCGGCCAAUAUUGGAUUACCAAAUUUUCCAAAUCCAUCACAGCUUAUAUUGACGCCUGAACGGCUUCGUCAGAUGGGCGUCAUUAAUACUGAAGCAUUCUGUGAGAUUUGUUGUAAAGAAUUUUGCAAUAAAUAUUUUCUACGUACACAUAAAAUUAAUAAACACAGAAUUUUGGAUGGCCAACCGGUCAUUGGAAAAUUUCCUAAUCAUCAACCAGUUAAUCUAAAUCAACAGCAACAAUGUAAUACACCAACGACAAUGAUAUCCGGUACAAGUAACAGUGCCAAUAGUUUUUUUGCUGCACAGCAACAAAAGUUUGCUAUGAGUGGUGGUUCGUCGUCGGCGACAUCAUCAUCAACAACAGCAACAGCUAUGAAUAGCAGCCCAAUUUCAUCGGCCAACAAUCAAAACAGUAGUUUUCCAGGAAUAUUUACCAACGCCAACACGAAUAACAGUAAUAAUAAUAAUAAUAAUUCUAAUGAUGAUAAUCAACUUGAACCUGGUCAACGUGAUCCAACUAGUUAUGGUAAAAAUGGCAGCGAUUUUCUAAACGGUUUUGCAUCAAUUAUGGCCAAUUCUUCAAUGAUCGAUGGUCAAACAAUGGUUAAAUGUGACCAUUGUCAACAACAAUUUCAUAAUAAUCAUUUGCUCAAAAUGCAUAAAUUCUAUGCACAUAAUAUACCAUUUAUACGACCUAAUAACGAUGAUGGCGAUGGCAAUCAUUCUGGCCGAAUGGAUACUGAAGAAGUGGUCAAAGAUUCUGACUCAUCCGAUAUUCUUAAAAUUCAGGAUGAUGAAAUUGAUCAAAAUGAAAAACCAGUUCGUGCUGAAUCCGAUAUAACCGAAUGUGGUGAUGAUUCUGAUUCUGACGAACCAAUGGAAACAUUGUCAUCACCUAUAAAUCGGAGAAAAAAUUCUGAAUCAUCAAAUGUUGAUCAUCAAUCAAGUGAUGAUCUACGAAAACUUCAUUCAAUGAUUAAAGAAUUGGAUGAUUCUGAUGAACAUCUUAUGAUGAUUGAUGAUGAUGAUAAUGACGGUAAUGAAGAUGGUGAAAUAAUGAAAAGUGACAACAACAAUGAUCAUCAUCAUCAUCAUCAUCAUCGUAAUAAUAAUAAAUGUCAUCUAUGUAAAUUUCAAUGCGAUAAUCCAUAUGUAUUUCGUGCACACCUUAUCACCGAACAUGGUGUUGGUGAUGAAACAUUUUCACAACAAUUAUCAGAUCAUCAAUUGGCAAUGAAAUCAUUUUUGUUUGAACAACAGGAAACACAACAACAACAACAACAACAUUCGUCAUCAUCAUUAUUAAAUGCUGAAACGUCAUUAUCAUCGGAAGCAUUCUGUGAUGUUUGCAGCAAAGAAUUUUGUAGCAAAUAUUUUCUUAAAACACAUCGACAAAAUAUUCAUGGAAUUUUUGAUAGUAGUGAUUCACCAACACCAACACCACCACCGCCACCACCAUCAACAAUGUCAUCAUCAUCGGCGCCGACAACGCCAUCUCAACAUCGACCAAUAAAUUCAUCAAAAUCAUCGACAACAACAACCGAAACAACAAUGACGACUACGACAAAUUCGUUUUCAUCGCCAACAUCUUUAUUGAAUUCAUUUUAUCAACGAACAGCAGCCGCAAUGAAAACAUCAACCGAAUUAGAGAGUCUGAAUCUCGCCAUAAGUCAAGCACUCGGUGAAAAUGUUCUUUCAAAAUCCGAACUUUCAUCACCAUCAAAUUCUUCAUCAACAUCGACAACACCAACAAAUCAACAACAACGAUCACAAUCGGCAAAUAAUCCAACGACGGCCACUAAUAACGAUAAUGAUAAUGAAACGAAAUUUUCAUCCUCAAACAACGACAAUGCAACAACACUUGCAGAAACGAUAAAAGCUGCAAUGGCUGCCGGUUUUGUACCCGGCUCAUUUGGUGAACAUCUUACUCAUCAUCAUCACCAUCAUCAUCAUCAACAUCAAUCAGGGCAGCUAAAAAAUCGUGCUUCAAUCAUAACCGGACGGAAUUAUUGUAAUUUUUGCAAUAAAGAAUUAUGUAACAAGUAUUUUAUGAAAACACACAUGUUAAAAAUGCAUGGAAUAAAUAUUGACGAACAUCCGAUUGAAGCAACAUCGAAUAGUACGAUUGGCGGUGUUACCUGUGACAUUUGUCAAAAAGAAUUGUGUAGUAAAUAUUUUCUCAAAGUUCAUAAACAAAAUACCCAUGGAAUUUAUGAAGAUGGUAGUGCACCGGUAUUGCUUGGACCAACAUUCCAUCAUCAUCAUCAUCAUCAAGCCAAUAAAUUGAUGUCACAAGUAGCGGCCAAUAUGUUGAAUAAUAAUGGAUCCAAUGAACGAAUGUCGGCUAUGAAUCCAUUGCUAUUAAUGUCUUCAUUGGCCAAUGAUUCUAAUAGUGUGGCUAGCGAUACAAAUAGUGUUGGUUCAGUGAACAGUGAAAAAGAACAUUCCAAUCGUGGCCAUUCACCACAAUUACAUCAUCAUGAUAAUCAUCAAUCGACAACAACAACAACAGGCAAUAAUAAUAAUAAAUCAAGUAGUGGUGGUACUGGUUAUCAGGAAAUUUGUCAUAUUUGUGAUCGUCGUUUUAAAUCGAUAAAAUGGCUUAAAGCACAUAUGUUCAAUGAUCAUGGUGAAUUAUUAGCAAUCAUGCAUCGAAAUGAUUUAGCACCAUUAACAUCAACGAUUGAUACCAGUGGUCGUCUUUGUUUAAUUUGUGGUCAAACAUUUACCGAUACGAUUACGAUGCAAAUGCAUCUAAUGAAAGAACAUAAAACUACAUCGGAAGAGAUGGCAAUGAGUUUAGCUGGCAAUUUUAAGAUGGCCGCUAUGAUGGCUGCAGCUGCAGCUGCAUCAGUUGAUCCAAAAACUAAUAGUGCCGUUUCCGAUUUAUCAAUGAACAACAACAUGGUAACAGCAGAUCAUAAUGAAACAAUAUCAUCAUCACAUUCAAUACCAUCGACAUCACCACCACCACCACCACCACCACAUUCAUAUCCGGCUAUAUCGCCUAAAGAAAAAGAAGAUAUUGAUGAUUGUUUGCCUAGCAACAAUAACAACAACAACAACAACAACAGUAACAAUCCAUUAUCAUUUCUACAGAAUCCAGCAUUUCAAAAUCUUUUACUUAAAAAUCCUGGGUUAUUGGCCGCAACAGCAGCAGCAGCAGCUGCUGCUGCAACAAAUACAUCUGAUAAUAAUCAUCAUGAUCUUAAUAAUCCAAUGAUUUCAAAUCAAUUAUUAUCCACUAUUUUCAAUACAAUCGGCGGUAAUAUGAUGAAUGAAAAACCGAAUAAUUCUAGUCGAAGUGAAUCGCCGAUAGAUUUCAACACUGGUAAAGAGGUUACGAAAAAAUACACAUGUCCACAUUGUAAUCGUAACUAUCGACAUUCACAUUCAUUACAUCGUCAUAUGUUGAUCCAUACAAAGCUUACAUCACCAUCAUCAUUAUCACCUUCACCAAAUGCAGCCCAAUCAACAUCACCAAUGAAUAAUAAUGCACAAAUCGAUUUAUCAUCGGUCAAUAGCAAUAAACCACGAAAUAAACGAUAUCGUUGUUCCAAAUGUAAUAAAAAAUUUCGUACACGUGAACUAUGUCUAUAUCAUAUACGUAUGUUUCAUCAGAAUAAUUGUAAAUCAUCAAAUAGUCUGGAUAAUAAUAACAGCAAAUCUAUGACAAUCAAAAAACGUAUCGGUAAUGAUUCUUCUACCUUAAAACAACAUCGAUUACAAAAUAAUUUAAUGCAACAAUCCGAUGAUGAUUGUGGCCAUAUCACGCCCAACACAAUCGAUUUACCAUUAAAUCUACAAACUGGUAUCGAUCAUGAAUCUCGUUCACAAAUUGAUGAUGAACCAAUAUCCACAUUGUUUGGUGAUCCAAAUGAAUCAACUGACAAGAAUAAUCAAGAUAAUAAUAAUAAUAGCAAUAAUACUCAACAACAAAAUCCUGAUAACGAUGACGAAGCUGACGAUGAUGUUACCACCGAAGAAAAUGAUGAAGAUGAUGAUGAUGAUGGUGAUGUUGAUGAUGAUGAUGAACAUAAUCAAGAAUCAACUACCAUUACCAAUUCAUCGUCCACAAAAACAGCGGUAACGACGUCUGGACAAUCCACCACUCAUAAUGCUUCAUUGAUCUGCGUCAAUGGUCCGGAGCAAUUUUGACCACCUUCAUCCCUAUCAAUUUUUCAUAUUCACCCACCACAUACACACGCAUUCCUUGAAGAUGACAAUGUUGGUCACAAAAAAAAAUGGUCCAUUAUCAUCAUCAACCAUCACAGUCGACAGUAUUCUGUUUUCUUUCCAUUCAUUCAAGUCUUCUUCUUCUUCUUAUUAUUAUUAUUAUUAUUAUAAAAAUUAGCCAUCUUCACCACUACUAAUCGCUAAUCUAAUCUUUCAUAUGUUUUUUUUUUUUACAUCAAAAUGUGUUUGUAUUCCAUGUCAAUUCAUUCAUGCAUCUAAAAUGAAAUUUUUUUUUGUUUUUAGCCAAAAAAAAAA